AUGAUCAGCCCCGCAGAGGCAGAGCGGCAGAGGCAGCGGGCAAGCAUCAGCUUUAUGUACCAGAAGCCGCCCGGCCUUGAGGCGGCGCUGGCGAGGGAUAGGGAGCUCGAGGCCAAGAAGAAGCAGCAGGAGGAACAGCAGCAGCAGCUCGCGGCGGCCGGUGGCGCCGGGCCCGGGCCCGCGCCUGCGGCGCCAGGCCCGGGGGCCCCCAGCCAGCAGCAGCAGCCCCCGCCCACAGCGCUCGGUGCGCCGCCGCAGCUGCCGCACCCGCAGCAGCCGCCUGUCGGCCUGGACCGGCUGCGAGAGGACCCCCUCACGUCGCUCAUCGCGGCGCGCGCGUCGCUGGCGCGCAGCGACCGGUUCGUGCUCAAGUCCUCUGCGCGCGAGGGCGUCCACGGCGGUCUCGCGGCGGGCGGGGCCAACCAGGAGCUGCUGGCGGACGAGCCUGAGGCGGCCGGCGCGGCGGAGGAGCCGCAGGACGGCUGA